UGUGGAGUGAGUUGAUUGCAGUUGGUCGGUACUCUGAAAUUGGGCAAGGUCAUUGGUUGAACGACACACGGCCUACGCCAAGGAGGCAGGCAGGCAGGCAGGAAGCACACAGUCAUGGCGUGACGUACACGCAGAAGAUGAAAAUGUCCACCUCUCCGUCAGUCCGUCACACUCAUCGCAUUCUCUCCCACAAACCAAAGGCCCUCGCAGUCACCUCAACAGCCUCUCCGAUAUAAAACGUAGGCAGCGAUGUGAGAUCAUGCCAAUGCACAGACCGCACAAACCACUUCCCACUGCCUUUUCCGGCCCCUCUCUCGCGUCAUUGACCGAUCAAAUCUCAUGCUCAGCCGCCCGACAACAAUCAGCACCAGGAGAGGAGAGGACGACAGAUAUAAAAUGAAGGCAGCGAUCAAAUCUGCAUACAGACAGAGAGACACCUGCCUGCCCACCCUUUCUCCCGUCUCUGCUGAGGCCCCACGCCCAAGCCGAGAGGGCCCCACCCCCAAGCCAUUCCUCCAUGUGUGUGUGGCGCGCAGUCUUGUGUGUGUGUGGCCAGCAGUCUGCUAGCAAGAGGAAACAAACUGGGUGAGUAGAUAGAGUGCCAAAGACGUCACGUUACAGACAGCAACAGGUGAUGAACCAUGCACCCUCGCAGCAAAGGACACGCCGAGAGAGAGGGGCCCACCUUCCACCCCCACCCGCAGCAUCCAUCCAUCCAUCAAUGCCUGCCUCCCUCCCUCCAUCGUCCCCCUAUCCAUCUGUCUAUCUACCGUGUGUUGGUGUUGUGUCUGUGGUGCGGUGCCUCAGUGGUGGUGGCGGUCCCGGAUCCUUUGGCGCCAGUGCUCCGCGGAGGAGCGAUCCGUGCGGUUCUCGACGGCUGAGCAACCACACACAACAGACACAUUAGUAAAAGACACAUGGGUUUGUAUGGAUGCGUUCAUUCGUGCAAAGAAAAUGUACUCAUUCAUUCAUUCAUUCAUUCAUAUGUGUGCUUACACGGGUGCUGGUCACGGGUGUUGGUGUUGGUGUCCGUGCGGUAGGUGGGCGUGGGACUGGGUCGCGCAUCUGAUGAACGGAUGAACGGCAAACACACACACACAGUACAAACAGUCCAUACAUCGCUGUUUCCCUUCCCUUGUCCCUUUCUCUCCGUUGCUUUGCUUACACGGCCUGAACCGGUUCUCCGUCCUCAUGCUCCGUACCACCUGCACAUGGCGGUGGCGCUGGCGGCGGCUGGCGGGCUGUGUGCUCUGCGGUGCCGGUGGUGCGGACCAUGCGUUGUGGGUGGGAGGGGGGGCGCGCGGAGGGGCGGGGGGGCCGGCGGGGUCGUCGACAACCACCACAACGGGCAGGGUGAGGGGGCGACGGAGCUGCGAGGCCCUGGCGUAGGGGUUGGUGCGCACGGAUACCCCAUUUAUGAGGAGGUCUAGGGGAGUGAGGCGGCGCGACAUUGCUUCUGCGAAGGCCUGCGAACACACACACACACACACACACACACAUGGCAGAGAGAGCACAUGGUAUGCCGUGAAUGUCUGUCUGCUCGGUCUGUGGGGUGGGUGAGUGGGUGCAUCUGGCGGCCUGGCUGCCUGGCUGCACUCACUGCAUACGCACAUCCAACGAAUCGGAUGCAUUCCAUUCCAUUCCCCUCCCUCAUGGCUUACUAUCUCAAUCAAGUCGUCGGUACGCAU